UAUGUUGUUAGAACUACCAGUAUAGCACACUUUCUAUGUAUUUUACAAUGUCAAUCUCCAACAUCCCAUGUUCGUUUGUGGGAUGUUAAAUUAAGUCUCAAAAUGUCUCUGUUAUUCUACCCCUUCUCUUCCCCUUCUCUCCGGCUCUCUCCCGGCUCCGCCCCUCAGGCCUUCUGCGAUUGGAGGAGCUAGUGCGGCGCUUCCUGAUCUCCAGGGAGACGCUGUCAAUCAGGAUGCUGGAUGACAGCCUGGAUCCCACCCCUCUGCUGAAGGAGAUACGAGACGACAAGGUGGCCACCAUCAUCAUCGACGCCAACGCCUCCAUCUCCUACCUCAUCCUCAAAAAGGCAUCAGAGUUGGGGAUGACAUCAGCGUUUUACAAGUACAUCCUCACCACCAUGGACUUCCCCCUGCUGAGGCUGGAUGACAUAGUCGAUGACCAGUCCAACAUCAUAGGGUUCUCCAUGUUCAACACCACCCACCCGUUUUACCUGGAGUUCAUCAGGAGUCUCAACCUGUCCUGGAGGGAGGGCUGUGAUCUCAUCUACCCCGGGCCUGCGUUGUCGUCAGCGUUGAUGUUUGACGCGGUGCACGUUGUGGUGGGGGCGGUGAGGGAGCUCAACAGGAGUCAGGAGAUUGGAGUCAAACCUCUUAGCUGCACCUCUCCUCAGAUCUGGCAACACGGCACCAGCCUCAUGAACUACCUACGCAUGGUGGAGUAUGAUGGUCUGACAGGCCAUGUGGAGUUCAACAGUAAAGGACAGAGGACCAACUACACCCUGAGGAUUCUGGAGAAACACCGCAGGGGUCACAGAGAGAUUGGUAUCUGGUACUCCAACAACACACUGGCUAUGAACGCCACCAGUCUGGACAUCAACGUCUCGGAGACACUGGCCAACAAGACCCUCAUCGUCACCACCAUACUGGUGAGGUCAAACCCUAUAUCGUAACCACCAUACUGGUGA